GCAAGAAAACUUGACACAAUAACUAACUAACUAACUAACCAACUACAAAGAAAGAGAGAAAGAGAAGUGUUCUCUGAUCUGAAACCAUGGCGACAGAGCUUCUCGCAGGUCGUCAACUCUGGCUAUGGAUCUGUGCGUGGUUCGUGCUCCUUCUCCAUGUCCACAUUGGAACUUGCUUUUACCUUCCUGGUGUUGCACCCGAGGAUUUCCACAAGGGGGAUCUGCUCAGGGUGAAAGUGAACAAAUUAUCUUCUACAAAAACACAGCUUCCUUACUCCUACUAUUCACUGCCUUAUUGUCGUCCAGAUCAGAUUGUUGACAGUGCUGAGAAUCUUGGCGAAGUUCUUCGGGGCGACCGCAUUGAAAACUCUCCUUACACGUUCAAAAUGAGGGAGCCACAGAUGUGCAAUGUUGUUUGUCGUCUAACUCUUAAUGCAACAACAGCCAAAGAGUUCAAGGAAAAGAUAGAUGAUGAAUAUCGGGUGAACAUGAUUUUAGACAAUCUUCCUUUGGUUGUUCCCCUAAGGCGACCUGAUCAAGAAUCUUCCUUAGUGUAUCUGCAUGGCUUCCUAAUUGGUCUUAAAGGACAGUAUGCUGGAAACAAGGAUGAAAAGCAUUUUAUCCACAACCAUUUAACAUUUGUGGUGAAGUAUCACAGAGAUCCAGUGACAGAGACAUCAAGGAUCGUAGGCUUUGAGGUUAAACCUUUCAGUGUAAAGCAUGAAUAUGAAGGUGAAUUUGAUGAGAACACCCGCUUAUCUACAUGUGAUCCCCAUGCAAGGAAGAUAGUUUCAGGCUCUGAACCUCCUCAAGAAGUUGAAGACAAGAAGGAAAUUCUUUUUACCUAUGAUGUUGAAUUCCAGGAGAGUGAUGUGAAGUGGGCAUCUCGCUGGGAUUCCUAUCUUCUAAUGGCAGAUGACCAAAUUCACUGGUUUUCCAUUAUUAACUCUUUAAUGAUUGUGCUUUUCCUAUCCGGCAUGGUGGCUAUGAUAAUGUUGAGGACACUUUACCGUGACAUCUCAAAGUAUAAUCAAUUAGAAACUCAGGAAGAAGCUCAGGAAGAGACAGGGUGGAAACUUGUACAUGGAGAUGUUUUCAGGCCUCCUCCAAACUCAGAUUUACUGUGUGUAUAUGUUGGAACAGGUGUUCAGUUUUUUGGGAUGAUUCUUGUAACCAUGUUGUUUGCUGCAUUUGGAUUUCUGUCUCCUUCCAAUAGAGGAGGGUUGAUGACCGCCAUGCUCUUGCUCUGGGCCCUUAUGGGGCUCUCUGGUGGGUAUUCUUCGGCACGUCUCUAUAAGAUGUUCAAAGGAACAGAAUGGAAGAAAAUCACUCUCAAGACAGCAGUCAUGUUUCCUGCUAUUGCCUUUGGGAUAUUCUUUGUGCUAAAUGCUCUUAUCUGGGGUCAGAGAUCUUCUGGGGCUGUGCCCUUUGGUACAAUGUUUGCUCUUGUUUUCUUAUGGUUUGGCAUCUCAGUUCCACUUGUGUUUGUUGGUGGUCACAUUGGUUUUAAGAAAAAAGUGAUCGAGGAUCCUGUGAAGACAAGCAAGAUCCCCAGGCAGAUACCAGAGCAGCCUUGGUACAUGAACUCAGUAUUCUCCAUUCUAAUUGGAGGCAUACUUCCCUUCGGCGCCGUCUUCAUCGAGCUUUUCUUCAUCCUCACGUCUAUCUGGUUACAUCAGUUUUAUUACAUAUUUGGGUUCCUGUUCAUUGUGUUCAUCAUCCUCAUUGUUACAUGUGCUGAGAUCACAAUAGUUCUCUGCUACUUCCAGCUAUGUAGUGAGGACUAUAAUUGGUGGUGGAGGUCUUACCUGACUUCAGGUUCCUCUGCACUCUAUCUUUUCCUGUAUGCUGCAUUUUACUUCUUCACAAAGCUUGAGAUCACAAAACCAGUAUCUGGAGUCUUGUACUUUGGGUACAUGCUGCUUCUUUCAUAUGGUUUCUUUGUGGUGACUGGUACAAUUGGUUUCUAUGCAUGCUUCUUGUUCACAAGGCUGAUCUAUUCUUCUGUAAAAGUUGACUGAUUCAUGGAUGGUGAAGGAAAUAGCUGGAUCGGUAACUCAUUUCAGGAAGCUUUUACAUUUUUCUUGGAACGGGGAUUGCAGGCAUUCUUCAGCUAGACCUUUUGAUCCCGCAUAAACAUCAGAAAUUCUUAGUCUCCUCAGUAUAGGUUGUUUUGCAGUUCUGAUUUUGUUCACAUAUAUUUUACGAGUAUCAUAUUUUGUAUCUUAGCAUUCUUCUUCCCCCAACCCCCUCUUUUUAAUUGAAUAUUUUCAUUGUUUUUGUUUUUAAUGAGACAUUCAUGAGAAUCUCUUCUUGUCCUCAAUGUCCAUCUAGGAAAGAAAAGGAAUUACCGUUGGUGGUAAAUGUAUACCUUGAUAUAGAUGUUGGGAAAUAAAAAAUAAGUUCCUUUUAUCAGUGAA